GUGCUGAGUCGGCAGUCUUUAAGUGAGAUAGUCAGCUGACGCUUUUUGCUUCACUUGACAUUUCGGAAAUAGCUCUUCUUUCCUUUUUCAUUCAAAGUCUGACUUUGGAUUGAAUCGUUUCUUCCAGCUCAAUAUGAUGAGAGACGGAGUCCUUUCACGGGGUGUCUUUGGAGUAAGCACUACAGGAAACUUCAGUUCCAUCUGCCCCAAUGGGUCACAGUGGGUCUGGGAAGGUCUCGGGGAAUGUGCCCAGGAUGGGAGGGACAUGGCAAGCAUCUACCUCGGCCUGCUGUCCAUCCUCUGCUUCAUGGUGUCUUCUCUUCCACAGUACUACAGCUCGUGUAAAACGGGGAAUAUGGACAGCGCCCUCUCUAUUUGGUUUCUGCUGCUGUGGCUGGGAGGGGACAGCUGUAACCUGGUGGGCUCCUUCUUGGCAGACCAACUUCCACUUCAGACAUAUACAGCUGGUUAUUAUGUCAUAGCUGACUUGAUGAUGCUGGCAUUGUACGUAUACUACAUGACGAAGAACAGAAUGCGGCAAGGUAGGGUGGUUCUGCGUGUGGUGGGUGUAGCCUGCGUCCUGGGCUUCACCUCCAGCCUCGUCCACCUCCCCGGGUUAGGUGCCCAACAGGAAGUUAUUCCUUCAGAGUUCAGAAGUCGCGCCUUGCUCUCAACCUCUGACCUCAGUGCUAUCAAGGCUUUCACCCCUAAAGAGAUCAUUGGUUUCUCCAUCGGCUCAGUGUCCUCAGUGCUCUACCUCUGUUCCAGAAUCCCCCAGAUGUACACUAAUUUCAAGAGGAAAUCAACAGAGGGAGUGUCAUACUUCCUGUUCGCGCUGGUCAUCCUGGGAAACACCACAUACGGCCUGAGUGUCCUGCUGAAGAACCCUGAUGAGGGCCAGGGCGAGAAAAGCUACAUGAUCCAUCACCUGCCCUGGCUCAUCGGCAGCCUCGGCACCCUCUCCUUAGACAUCCUUAUCUCUUUCCAGUUCCUGAUUUACCGCAAAGCCAAAGAGGACGUCGGUACCGGAGAGACCACGCCUCUGAUUGGAAGCUAAACCAACAAAAUCAGAGUGGGACAUGAUCCGACACCCUUCCGGUGAACCCUCAAAAUCACAUUGCCAACAGAAUCAGGAUGAAAGGACAUUGUACAUUUUAGUCUUGAUUUUAUCUUUGUAUUUAUUAUGCUCUUUUUUUUAAUGUUUACAAUGUGUUUUUAUCUGCCAAAGUACUGUGACAGAGGAAGUUCUUUACUUGUUUGACAUGGAUGGAAUAUACCUCCUGUCAGCCUGAACUCCUUCUCUUUUAAUUUUUUUUCAGUCACAACCUCAAUUUAAAUUCACAUAGAUUACAUAGGAACCUAGCCAGGGCGGACAUACCAAACAGAUGCUCCAAAAUAAUGUUGUUUCUCAAAGCUGCAUAACACUUUGACAGUUAUGGCACUAGCCACUGCAUGAAGCCAAGUCUUAUAUUGUUACUGUGAUGUGAUAGAGCCUAAAAAAUAUAUGUUUUGUAAAGCAUGACCAAGUGUAAACUGUACUCUGUCAAUUUUUGAAUUGAUGUUUACACUAAGUGCUGUAAUCGCAAAAAAAAGUUGUAUUUUUUUUGUUCAUUUUAGAUAUAUUUUAAUUGUAGUUAUGCAUUUCUCUUUUCUUUUUGUAAAUACAGUCACUUGACCAGAUUAGUUUGCACUGGUGAUAAAUCACUUAACACAGAUUUUCACUACCAUGUUUAAAUUACACAUUUUAAUUUUUCUCACAGUUUUGCACAACGAAUGUCGGUUUUGUACUUUGAGAAAUGUUUAAAAUGUUCAGUGGGUCAGUGUGCUGUGAAAAUAAAGAAAAAGAAUAACAUUUAA